AUGGCUACCCCCAGUGUCCUUACCUUUGAUACUGAGGGUCGUACUGUUGACUUUGAGCCGACCUCGUUGGCUUCGAGUCGGUCGGCGCUGCGUCUGCCCCUAGCAGGAAGCGCCGCACCGGCAAGGGCAAGGGGGGCAAGGGCGUUGGGGUGGCUAGUGGGGGUGGUGGAGGUGGUGGUGGAGGCGGUGGAGGGAGUGGGGGUGGUGGUGGGAGUGGUGGCGGGGGCGGAGGUGUCGGUGACAGCAGUGGAGGCGGAGGAGGCGGCGGUGGUGGCAGAGGGAGCGGAGGCGGCAGAGGUGGCGGAGGUGGCGGAGGUGGCUGAGGCAAUGGUGGAGCUGGUCGCGGCUCUGCGCAGAGGAGUGGCUUCGGUGGUGGUCCGCGCGAGCAGCAGCAGCGCGGUCAUGAGACCCUGUCCCCUCAGCAGCUUCGUGAGUGGUACGCUGGGCGUCGGCGGGGUGGGGGCACUGGUCCCUGCACCUACGUCCUCCGUACAAGCGACCGCGCUGGUGAGCAGUGCGGGCGCACGCACUCCACCUAGCGCUGCUUUGGCCGCCUGA